ACGUGUCUCUAAGGGUAUAGAGAAGGGCGUGAGGGAUGGCAGCACCUGCACCUGGGAGUCGUCGGUUUGUACCGGCCAAUCCGCCUGUGGGGUACCGGCUGUAUGUGGACGAGUUCUCGGAGGAGAAGGAGCGAGACCGUAUCCGGAGGUCUGGAGGGCGCAUCUGCCCGCUCUUUGCCAAGGGCAAGUGCUUCCGUGGAAGGUCAUGUCCCGACUCGCACUCGCGUGCUGCGCUUAAUGCACCUGUCUGCAAGCAUUGGUUGCGUGGCCUCUGCAAGCGCGGUGCUGAGCUCUGUACCUACCUCCACGAGUUCUCGCUCGACCGCAUGCCUCGCUGCCAGUUCUGGGAGCUGUACAACGAGUGCUCGAACGCAGAUUGCCUGUUCCUACAUCUGGCGCCCGAGGUGACCAACACCGAGUGCCCGUGGUUCCGGCGCGGAUUCUGCAGGCUUGGUAGCGACUGCCCGCAGCAGCACACCAAGAAGCGGGCGUGCGAUAACUACCUGCUCGGGUUCUGCCCGGACGGGCCCAACUGCCCGUUCGGCCAUCCGAAGUUUGAGGUUCCGGAGGAUGCUUUUGAUGUCUCGGCAGCAGCGCUCACACAGUCGCAGCUUCUCUGCCCGCGGUGUAACGAGUCGGGCCAUCGAGCCAUUGACUGUCCCAACAUCAAGGCCAAUCACGUGCAGCUGCUCAUGGGCCACCUCGACGACGAGCCGGCAGACACGGCCGAGCAGGCCAAGGCCCAGCUGCGCCGGCUGACCGGCGGCGGUUCGGCGGCCAACCCUAUGAUUAUCGACGGGGCGGCCGCGCCGGUUCCGCGUGCCGCAGGCGGUGCAGCCUCGUACCGCCGGUCGCGCGCCUCGCGGGGCGCAACACUCUCGGUUGGCAAGUGGUCGGCGUCGGGCGGGGGUGGGACCGGCUCCAACUCGAUGCCCAUCGCCCCCAACCCGCGCUACGACGGCGCAUCUAGCUAGAACCGCUUCUGUAAACGCGCAUGUUCACUG